AAGGACGAGUUUUUAAACUAGAGAUUUAAACCACGCAUUUAUUUUAGGACAGACCUAGCAGCAUCCAACGACAAUAACACUUUUUCACAACUGCCUGAGAGACACCGCGACAAGAGCUAAACUUGAUCAAACUUUUAAUGGUUUUAUUAUUCAAGAAGGUCGCCAAAAUUGAUUCCUGCUAAGAAGAUUUCAAGGAACUAAAAUAAAGGUGCACAUUUCCAGAAGAGGGUGAUCUGUGUCGUGUUUUCUGCUGCUACCAUGGACUCUGGCAAGCAAUUAACAUUCCCAUUGUUGUUGAGUGUGGGAGCAGCUGUGAUCGGCUCACUACAGUUUGGCUACAACACUGGUGUCAUCAAUGCUCCUCAAAAGGUUAUUGAGAGAUUCAUCAAUAAUACAUGGGAACAACGCUAUAAUGAGCCCAUAACUAAAGGCUCACUCACCGCUAUCUGGUCCAUUGCUGUAGCCAUCUUCUCAGUCGGUGGCAUCUUUGGUUCCUUUUCUGUUGGACUGUUUGUAAACCGUUUUGGCAGGAGGAACUCAAUGCUAAUAGUGAAUGUCUUGUCCUUCAUUUCUGCUGUUCUGAUGGGCUUUUCCAAACUGGCGAGCUCCUGGGAGAUGUUGAUCAUUGGGCGGUUUGUUGUGGGCCUAUAUUCUGGGCUCUCUACAGGUUUUGUGCCCAUGUACGUGGGUGAAGUUUCCCCAACUGCACUACGAGGUGCUCUGGGUACCCUCCACCAGCUUGGCAUUGUAGUUGGAAUCCUUAUUGCACAGGUGUUUGGGUUGGAAGCUGUUAUGGGUAAUGAUGAUCUAUGGCCGCUCCUGCUGAGUUUCAUCUUCGUCUUCGCUGUAAUUCAGUGCAUCUUACUUCCCUUGUGUCCGGAAAGUCCCAGGUUUUUGCUGAUCAAUAAGAAUGAGGAGAACAAAGCUAAAAACGUGUUGAAGAAGCUCAGAGGGACCUCAGACGUGAGCACAGACAUAAAGGAGAUGAAGGAGGAGAGUCGUAAGAUGAUGAGCGAGCCCAAAGUCACCAUCCUGGAGCUGUUCCGGUCCCACAGGUACCGUCAACCCCUUGUGGUGGCUGUGGUCCUGCAACUCUCCCAGCAGCUGUCUGGUAUCAACGCUGUGUUCUAUUACUCCACUCGUAUUUUUGAGAAAGCAGGAGUCGAACAGCCCGUCUAUGCUACUAUUGGAGCAGGAGUGGUCAACACAGCUUUCACUGUGGUGUCUCUGUUUAUUGUUGAACGGGCUGGACGUAGGUCUCUGCAUCUCAUUGGGCUGUUUGGAAUGGCUGGAGCCACCAUUCUAAUGACCAUUGCCUUGGCACUGUUGGAAAAACUCAAAUGGAUGUCAUACUUGAGCAUUGUGGCCAUAUUUUCCUUUGUGGCCUUCUUUGAGAUUGGACCAGGUCCCAUUCCCUGGUUUAUUGUGGCAGAGCUGUUCUCACAGGGACCCAGACCUGCAGCCAUCGCUGUGGCUGGGUUCUCCAACUGGACUGCCAAUUUUAUUGUUGGAAUGUGCUUCCAAUACAUCGAGGAGCUCACCUACCCAUAUGUGUUUAUCAUCUUCACCGUGUUGCUGCUUAUCUUCUUCAUUUUCACCUACUUCAAGGUGCCAGAGACCAAGGGCCGGACAUUUGACGACAUUGCGGCCGGUUUUGGGGGGAGCUCGGUUACUCGUGGAGAGAAAUUUUCGCCUGAGGAGUUGAACAGCCUGGGAGCAGACUCUCAGCUCUGAACGGCAUAAAAUGAUUUCUUCUCUGACCAAGAAUGGACAAUGGUCUACUCACUACAAGUAGACUGGUAGUUACUUUCACACUGUCAGCGCAUUUCGGGCUGUGUAUGGCCCUGUGUGAUUGUCCUGACACCUUGACACCUUCAAUCGCUCCCUUUCCUGACACUGAGAAAUGUCCCACAGGCUUGAGGUGCCUGGUGUAAUGUGAAGGGGGCACCAUGGUUUGGAACAAUUUAAUGCUUUAAAGAAAGGAAAUAUGUAUGCCUGUCAAUCAGUCUAUUUUUAUAGUACAUUCAUAUGAAUAAACUUGUUGCCUGUUACAUUCGGUAAUAGAACACUAUAGAUGUAGAAAUCCUUUUCACUGCGCAGAAUAGAGGUUGUUGUAUUGACAUGCUGUAUUACAGUUGACACUGUAGUGGUGAUGACACCUUUCAUCCACUAGGUGCAGCCAUGCACCAAGAAAAGACCUCAUUGCUCCAUUCACAAUGAAUUAUGCUGAAGAUCUUUUCAAGAGCAUAUAAAAGUUUAUAAGAUUAAGUCUUAUAACAUCCUUCUUCUGUAAAUUGUUUUAAUUAGCUAAACCAUUUGAUUUUAUUCAUUCCUGUUCUUAAUUAUGUAUGUUUAACCAAUUCAUCUUAAACAUAUAAUCAAUUCCAUUCACAAACAAGAUGAAAUAUUUUGGGGAAAAUUUAUCUUUUGUAUUUUUCUAAUCUACAUUGUGUGACACCCAAAGUAUCUUCAGGCAAAAUGAUAUAAAAUUGGGACCAAACUGAAUGGCAGGUUUUCACGGUAGCCCGAUAUGCUUUUUUUAUUAGUCUGCUUUUGUUACUUGCACUCCCAUCUCCAUUACUGUAGGUGCUGUAGAGGAUAGAGGUGCUUGGGGAUUGUUACAGUAUUGUGUCUCUACUGUAUUGUAUAGAAGGGCUUUAUCUACAGUCUCUAAACUCUAUGUGUAAUUCACUGUCCAUGACUGCUGUAUCACCAGAUGUAAAAUGUGUUGUUAGUUUUUCCACAGCACUUUAUUAUAUUCACAGUGACAUCUCUUCAUCACUUUUGUUUCUUUCUAAUAUUUUGAUUGUAUUUUAUAUUCAUCAUGUGGAAACUGUGUGACUGACAAGACUGAAGUACUGCUGAUGAUGGAUUACUUGAUGUUUUUAAAGUGGAAAAUGGAAUUGUUGAUAUGUUUAUUUAAGUAAAUAUGCUCAUAUUUCUUAGUGUAAUGAGUCAUCAAUCCAAAAUUACAAAACAGACCGUAACCA